AUGGAGUCCGCCUCGGGGCAAUCCGCCGCCGCCGCCGCCGCCAAACCCCAAUCCCAAUCCCAAUCCCCUUCUCCUCCGAUGGCGCAGUCUGACGCCGACCAGUCCCCGAAGGCGAUGACGACGGCGGAGGUGGCGGCGGCCAUCGCGGCGCUGCCCGCCAAGAAAGACGCUCUACGCCAGGCCUUCGACCGCCUCGCCGCCUGCUCGCCCUUCCCGCUUCCCUUCGCCUGGGUCGAUCUCGACGCCCACAUCUCGUCCAUCCAGUCCUCCAUCUCACUGCGCUACCGCCAGCUACAGGUCCUCGAGUCGGCCCGCCCCGCUCCCGUUCUCGCACCAGUCCCAACCGGCGACGAGGAGACUAGCGAGGAGGAAGAGGAAGAGGAAGAGGAAGUGGAAGAGGUGGAGGUGGAAGAAGAGGAAGAGGAGGUUGAAGAAGUGGAAGAAGAGGAAGAUGAGGUUGAAGAAGUGGAAGAGGAGGUUGAAGAAGAGGAGGAUGCAGAUGCCAGCAAUGUGGGAAACAAGGAGGAAAAGGCCGAUGAGGAGAUGUUAGAGGCUCAAGAAGAGGAGGUGAAAGAGCAUAAGAAAUUGGUGGCCAAUGACAAGGAGCACAAGGUCCACAAGGCAGAGAAAGGUGAAGAGGAGCAUGAGGAGUCUGACCGUGAGAUGGAGGAAGCCAAGAAGGGUUUGUUGAAAGGAGUGUAUCCGGGUCUUCAAGGUCUUGUAAAGGCCUGUGCUACCAUGAACACCGCAAGUCUGGUGAACAUCGUGUUUAACAAUAAUAUUCCGCGGCACGAACACAUCGUGGCAGUACGCCACGCAAAAGACGCUGCUGCUCUUAUCCUUGAUGUUGUCAGACGAUUUCUGCCCAACAAAAACACCAAGACCGGCAAGGUCUGGGAAAAUUGUGUUACGCUUAUCCGAUGUGUGCCUUUGGUCGAACCCAAGCUUUCUGUGCACACCACAGAGCAAGCCAAGCAGCUUGCAAAGGAUUGGAAGAAGAUGAUCGAUAAGGAGGGGGGUUGUGGGGAUCUUGGCUACCUGUCCUCAUGGGCCUUCCUGUACUUCCUCAUUUCUUACAACAUUGUAUCAGAAUUUGAUGUUCGGGAGAUCAUACGUCUCUUUGGCACUGUCCCACGCAAAUAUCAGAGGAAGGACUGCAUCGAUCUCUGCAAUGGUCUUGGUCUCGUCAGUAGGAUCAAUGACUUAAUUGAUUAUUUGGUUGGAAAUGGACAAGAGUUGAGCGCCAUACGAAUCACGCAGGUUCUUAAACUGGUGGACAAAUAUCCACCUCUUUCUCUUCUGGAGGGAUAUAUCGAAAAGGCAAAACGGACUGCUCUGGAGUUAUUUAGCAAGAAUGCAUCGGACAAGUCUCUGAAUCCGGCUAGAACAAGGGAGAUAGGAAAUCUAUGGUUUGCACGUACUAUUGUUAAACAGCAACAGGCUGAUUCUAGCAAAUCGAUUGCUAUCUUGGAAGAAAUUAAAAACUUGUUAGCUGAGUAUGGAAAGAGCCGUAAUUUAAUAAAUGGCUCUGCUGCACCGAAACUAAAUUCAUGUCAGCAGCAAAAGAACCAGCUGCAGAAGGAAAAGCGAAAAUACAAGAAGCGCAAGAAGGAGCAGCAGCAACAUGAGGGAGAAGCUAGGCAGGUGCAGGGGAAACAAAGAAAGCUGCAAGGGAACCAGGAACAGCCACAAGAGAAGCGGCAGCAACUUGCACAACACAAGCCACAAGAGAAGCGGCAGCAACUUGCACAACACAAGCCACAAGAGCGCAAGGACCAACAGAGACACGAGGAUAAGGGGCAAGGGCACCAUAAUGCACAAGCGAAAAAGCAGAAACAGCAGCAACAACAAAUUGAGCCAGUACAGAGGCCUCAGCAGCAGUUAAACCAGCCAAGGCCAUGCAUUACCAAGCAGUCUAAGCUAGCAACACCAGUUGGUCCUUCCUCAAGAUCUGUACCAGCUGCGGUUCCAAGUGUGGCACAUAUUAGUCCCAUUGGGCGUCAGCCAUUUGCUGUAAUGCCUGGAGCUUCGCAACCACAUCUUCCGGGAAUUCAAGGUCGACCAUUUGCAGCAAAUGGUGUACCUCCUCAAUAUAAUCCUUUCCAGCAAAAUCCUUUAUACAGCCAUCCGUCGUUCUACCCCAGAUAACACUUACCGCAGUGAGUGAAGUACAAGUCAGACGUAAGGAGUAGCAAAGAAUUGCCUGCCAUUUCCCCGUUGAUGUUACUCUUUUGUUAAUUAGUGAACUUACUUAAAAACCGGGAGUAUCCCAUGUGUUGUGAUGUGGUAUUUAUUUCCGAAACAUGUAUAUACUACCUUUUUGUUCAUUUUGCAUCUCA